AGAUGUAUAUAAAGCAUGUGCAAGUCCUUCAAUCUUCAGAACCUAUCCUUCGAUAGCUGCCGUGUAGUGAUCAAAAUGAAGAACUAUUUGGCUUCUCUGGUACUCGCCGUGUGUUUACUCACCGGCCCAGUUGCUAGUCAGUCGGCAACGGUAUCGAUCAAUAUUGGAGGAAGUGUUAUCACUUUAGCGUCGUCGGACUUGUCGACGAUAUUGGCUAUUGUAGCAGCGUUGCAAACAUCAACCACAACAACUGCAGCAACGACAACUGCUGCCGCUACUACAACCGUUGCCACCACUGCUGCUACUACAGCAGCUACGACCACUACGACGGCAGCCACUACCGCUGCCACGACCACUACGACAGCUGCCACUACCGCUGCCACGACCACUACGACAGCUGCCACUACCGCUGCUACGACCACUACGACGGCUGCCACUACCGCUGCUACCACUGCGGCCACUACAGCAGCUACGACCACUACGACUGCUGCAACUACUGCAGCAACCACUGCGGCUACUACCGCUGCUACGACUACAACGACAGCUGCAACUACUGCAGCCACCACUGCGGCUACUACUGCUGCUACGACUACAACGACAGCUGCAACUACCGCUGCCACCACUGCUGCUACUACAGCAGCUACCACAACUACGACCGCUGCAACUACUGCUGCCACUACCGCUGCUACUACAGCAGCUACCACCACUACGACGGCUGCCACCACUGCGGCCACCACUGCCGCUACUACAGCAGCAACUACCACUACGACAGCUGCAACUACCGCUGCCACCACUGCUGCUACUACAGCAGCUACGACCACUACGACAGCUGCAACUACUGCUGCCACCACUGCUGCCACAACCGCUGCAACCACAACUACAACUACAGUAGCCCCGACCACUACGACCACUACAGCUGCUCCGACUACUACGACCACCACUGCUGCACCGACUACCACAACCACUACUGCUGCUACGACCACCACAGCGGCCCCUAGUGUGACUAUAACUCUUACUCUCAACGGAAAUACGAUCACCAUUGUGGCUUCCGAUUCGAGCUUGGUGAAUUUGUUGACACAAAUUUUGACUAGUUUGACAGCAACGACUACUACUGUUGCCCCGACUACCACAACAACUACUGCUGCCCCGACUACCACGACCACUACUGCUGCCCCGACUACUACGACCACUACUGUUGCCCCAACUACCACGACCACUACUGUUGCACCUACCACUACCACCAUUGCUAUCAGCACGACAACACGUAAAUGUGGUGUUGGCAUUGGAAUCGGAGGUGGAAUUAACAUUGGAGGACUGGGAGGAAUCGGAGGAAGCAUUGGUAUUGGUGCCGGUCUAGGUGGUAUCGGAGCUGGAAUAAAUGUGGGUGGAGGUUUGGGAGGACUCGGUGCCGGAUUUGGUGCUGGAAUCAAUCUUGGUGGAGCAGGAACCGGACUCAAUGUAGGUACUGGAAUUCGUCCGAUCGGAUCUCUUCUCGGAACGGUGAUCAAUACCGCUGGCAAUGUAGCCGGUACUGCAAUUAACACGGCUAGCACUGGAAUUCGUCCGAUCGGAUCGCUGCUCGGAACGGCGAUCAACACGGCUGGCAAUGUAGCCGGCACUGCAAUUAACACGGCUGGUGGUGUGAUCAAUACGGCUGGCAAUUUGGCCGGUACUGCUGUGAAUACGGCUGGAAACCUGGCCGGAACUGCGAUCAAUACGGCCGGUGGCGCAGUGCGGGGAGUCGUUGGAACUGCUACCAAUGUGCUCGGUGCUGCCACAAACGUGGUUGGCAAUGUUGCCGGAGGACUCUUUGGUGGAUUGGCCAGCGGCAUUCAGGCUGCAUCCAAUGUUGGCUCCCGGUUGAACGUCGGAGGAAGUCUAGCCGGUAGUGGCGGACUCCUUGGCAGCAGACUGACUGCAGGCGCCGGUUUUGGAUUCGCUGGAUAAAAAGCGGCACCCGAACCAAAAUCAAACCCCUGUUUACUGACUGAGCUGUUUUCUUUUUCUAUCUUUUAAACCUUCAAUAAAAACUGAUCUAUUUUGAGACCAA